AUGGCAACAUUCAAACGGCGCUUCGGCGCCGCUAUCCUUUUGGUUGUGUUUUCACUUACAGUAACUAUGGUUUUUAUAAAUCGAUCGCCUGUCAGUACGCAGUUGGAGAGUAUCGGCUUGGGCGUUAGCAAUCAUGGGUUAUGGGGUUGGGGAUCUGGAGGGCAGCGGCAGGGUGAUGGGGAGGGAGGAACUAGGGUGGUUGUCUUUGGAGAUUCGUGGGUUGGUGAUGGGAUUGAGGAAGGCUUGGAGGGGAAGGGGAAGGGGAAGAGCUGGCCUGAUGUGGUUUAUGAUAAGUUGAAAUGCACAUCCUACCUUAACUUCGCCGCAUCCCAACCGUCGAGUGCCUUCCCGCCUGCUGGGGUUAUUGUUUCGAAUGAGAUCCUAAAAUCUGCAGUUGCGGGCUCGAACUCGAGCUCCUCCACCAACCACAUUUCAGAAACCAACCUGCUUCCCGAUCUCAAAUCGCAAAUUCAAUCCUUUAUCAAUGAAGCAACUCCAUCCCCGACGCCCGCCAAGACGAUAUUCAUAAUCUCCGUAGGUUUCUGGGACAUCUAUAACUACGCCGGUCUCGAUCUCGAGUCAGCUCAGAAAGCGACGGAUGCUGCAGUCAACGAACUAUUCGACCAACUGGACACUCUCUACUCCUACUAUUCCCGCACUGUUUCAAGUGAUAACACUACGACGCACUCUCCACCGUUCAACAUUGUCGUUCCAAAAAUCAUGGAUCCUUCUCUCGUUCCCGGAUGGCUCUCUCACCGUCCAACCCCGCCGGAACCCAGCAACAUCGCGGAACAUCAGAGGAAUGCCAUUCCCCUUACCCUGCGCUGGAACUACCAGGUGGAAGUCAAAUUGAAGGGUUGGGGACAAACCAACGUCACUUUUCCCAAUAAACCACCAGCCGAACUCAAGGGAACACCAGAAACGCCCAUAUCAAAUAACAACGAUCCACCCAGCAAGGAGCACAUGACAGUGGGAAAGGCCGUGUUCUACUACGACCUCGCCCAAUACCUCAUCGAUAUAGUAAUCGAACACCAGCUCCAAGACGAGGGUACGACCGACGCCGCUGGGUUAGGCGCUUCUUACACCAUAUUCGAGGACAUUGAUCGACCCUGCCUACGUGAAACCGAAGACGAAGACGACGAUGCAGAAGAUCUGGUCCAAGUAAAUGGACACUGGAUGUGCAAAUACCCGAAAGAGUAUUUAUUUUGGGAUGCUUUUAAUAUUGGUUCUGUUGCUAACGCUGGAAUUGGAAAACAUGUCGCCGACAUGGUAAAACAUGGGAGGUCGCUAGCGGGAUGGGCGUAG